UGCGGAGCGCUGGGCUGUGCCUCUGCAAUUUCACUUCUCCCGCCGCUGGGGAACGGAGCGGGGGAGGCGCAGAGGGCUGGGAGAGGGGUUCGCAAUGCGUUCUUCCAAGAAAACUUUUUUCUGCCUUGAACGUGAAGGAAUACGUGCUCACUGUAGACAAUUGGGAAAACAUGGGAAAGUACUGUGUAAAAAAUGGGGGGCGGGGGCGAGGCGUGGGAGUCACUUGGGGCGCGGGGACGGCGAUUUGCUGUGCUAACCGCAGCCGGGUGCGAGCGGCGGGCUGCGCUGCCCCAGGGGCCCGGGGGGCGGAGAGCCGCGCGGCGUGGAGGGCUGAGAUUUGAGGAAGUGGGAGCUGCCCGGGCGGGGGCGUCCCGCCGAGAGUCCGCCACGCAGCGUUUGUUUCCUUUCACUUCCUGCGGCAGCUGCUCUAGAUGAGGAGGUGCGCGUGGCCGCGGCGGAGCGGCCGGAGUCUUCGGGUGUGAGCGCCCACCCACCGCGGGCGCCAGCGCUUCCUUGACCGCUCAGGUUCGGCUAUGCGGGAGCGGUGAGGAGGAGGCUUGCAGUGGUGGACCUGAGAGCUCGGGAGGUCAUGCUGGCUUGCUUUUAAGUGGCUUGAAGAAAGUGAAGAAACCCCAAAAUGGAGGACUUCGCUACCAGGACCUACGGCACCAGUGGCCUGGACAACAGACCUCUGUUCGGGGAGACGUCCGCCAAGGAUCGAAUCAUUAAUUUAGUUGUUGGCAGUUUAACAUCCUUACUGAUUCUAGUAACACUGAUCAGUGCUUUUGUUUUCCCUCAACUACCUCCGAAACCGCUGAAUAUAUUUUUUGCUGUCUGCAUCUCUUUGAGUAGUAUUACUGCCUGCAUACUUAUCUACUGGUAUCGACAAGGAGACUUAGAACCGAAGUUUAGAAAGCUAAUUUACUAUAUCAUAUUUUCUAUCGUCAUGUUGUGUAUAUGUGCAAACCUGUACUUCCAUGAUGUGGGAAGGUGAGGCUGCCAAGGAGAAAUACUUACCAGGACUCUUCAAAAUGAUACAUUAGGACAGUGAGUAAUUUUUGGAUAAGGUAUGCUGAAGAAUCUCCUGCAGAAGUCUGAUACAUGAUUUUCAUGUUAAUUGUAAAUGUAAAUUCCCUCUUGCAAGGGAGACAUAUCUUAGAUCACUUUGCUUUUUAAAGAGCUGACGUUGCACCUAAACAUUCCAACCCUUAAAGCUCAAACAGCACAAGAAAUUUUCACUUUAGAAAUCAACAUUUUUAUAAUGUGAUUGCAUGGCAAAAGGCUAUGUAACAAACAAAAUCUUGCAUUUUAAGACAAAUAUUCUUUUAUUUUGUUAAACUGAAUAUACAGUUGUUCCCUAGGCAACCAACUUUUGCUUUAUAACUACAAUUUAAUUUCACGUUAACAAAACAGACAGUCAAAAGACAACUUUGUGAAGAUCUAAUUACAAUAAUAAAUAAAAUAAUUUAUACAAG